UAUUGUGAGUGAGUGUAUUUUGUAAAGCAAUCAAAAGGAGUUUUGAAACCAUGUCUCUUGCUGGGAAAAUAGUGAGUGAAUUGGAGAUAAAUGCUCCUGCAGAGAAAUAUUACAAGGUCUUUAAAGAUCAAUGUUUUCAUGUUCCAAAUAUUUCUCCAAAAUUCAUUCAACAAGUGGAUGUUCAUGAAGGAGACUGGGACAGCCACGACCACGGCUCUAUCAAGAUCUGGAAUUACACCACAGCUGAUGGAGAGGUUGGAGUUUUCAAAGAGCGAGUGGAAUUUCAUGACGAUAAAUUGACAGUAGUCCUGGUCGGAUUGGAAGGAGAUGUGUUCAAGCAUUACAAAACCUUCAAGCCAUCGUAUCAAGUUGUGCCAAAGGGUCCCAGACAUUGCUUGGCACUUAUGACCAUCGAAUAUGAGAAACUUGAUGAUGGUUCUCCCUAUCCUUACAAGUACAUUGACCUCAUGAACGGGAUCACCAAAGACAUCGAAUCUCACCUUAAAUGAACACCUUUUUAUGUCUAAAUAUGAGCUUCAUCACUAUGUCAUUUGGUAGCUUAUUAUGUUAUGUGAGAGUUGUGUUUUCUAAGUAAGUCGUUUUUAUGUAUUGAUUAUGUAUCUUUGUCUACUUAAUCUUGUAUUUGUGAAAAAUAAAUAAGAGUUAUUCUCAUGUAAGGAGUGAUGAUGCUUAAUCAUUAUGUUUGGGUUAAAUAUAUAAAAUGCUAAACAUAUAAAAUGCUUAUGUGGAUGUGACUCA